GUUCAGUCUACCUUCUAGUUUGCUGUGAGAGCUGUCUCAAAGGAAGGAUGGUUUUUUUUUCAUCAGUGUUAAGGUUUAUCAGUGCUCUCUUCUAUGGAGAGAUCACUACUGACUUUGAACCAUGCAUUACAUUUUUCUACGCAGAAACGAUACCACAGGGCAUCAGUGGAGACGGCUACCAGGCAUUAUGUCAGCGCUAUGAAAAUCAAUACCACUUUGCCACCCUGUAUGACAGAAACCGUCGUAUUCCAUUGUUCUCUGCGUAUAUACUCAGUCCUGGAGGUGGACCUAGGCCCUAAAAUACAAACUGGAUGACUGAACCACGGCUGGUAUCAGACAAAGUCAACACGGGAAUGGAGUACCAAAAACAUCCUGACCAAAAUGUGAAGAACAGCCAGGCAGUCAGUGAAGACUAUAAACACUCUGGUUAUACCAGAGGCCACCUCGCCCCCAGCGGUCACCAACAGACAGAAGAAAACAAAGAGGCUACCUUCACCCUGACAAAUAUUGUUCCUCAAAUGGAAAACUUCAAUAAAGGCCCCUGGAACAAUCUGGAAAAUGAGAUGGCAGAGAGAUUUAAAGUCUGCACAUCAAAAAUGUAUGUUAUCACUGGAGUCAUUCCUUAUGAGAAUAAUGAACCCAAGAUCAAUGACAGGGUGACUGUUCCUGAGUACUUUUGGACUGCUUCCUGCUGCCCAACGUUCAAAGCUGGACCUAACCAGAAUUACUUUCCUACUUAUGCUGCAGUGGGAAGAAAUGAUCCUACCAGUAAAGAUGACAUUGUGAGAAAAAAUACCAAACAUGGCCAUGAUGUGAAGCAGAUGUCCUUGGAAGACCUGGAGAAGAUCCUGCAAAACAGGCUAAAGAUGCCUAAAAUGAGUCUCUUUAAAAAUAAAUGUAAGGAAAACAAUUCUCUUUUUCGGUUAGGUUGAAC